AUGAAUCAAAUUAAUUCAGAAAUAAAUGGAUCGACAUAUAUCAACUACGCUGCACGCUAUGGCGCGGUCAAAAUCUUCAAAUUUUUAUUACAAAAUAAUGCAAAACAUAAUUAUGAGACCUUUUACGAAAGCUUUUUAAGCAGAAACGAAGAAAUCACAGAUGAGCUCUCUAAAAUCUACAAAGCUAACCAAUAUUGCAUUGACAAUCUUGUAAUUACCCAUCAAAAUGAGAGAAUUAAAAAAUACAAAGACAUAAACUACAGUUUCAAGUCUUGCUGCCAAACAUUUAAUAUCGAAAUGCUUAUUAGCAAGAUCAAUUCUCUUAAUAACGUCAAUGAAAAAGACAAUUUUGGUUACACAGCUUUAAUUUCUUCAAGUUAUCUUUGUUUACCGAAAAUUGUCACUAAACUUAAGACUUUAGGAGCUAAUGUUGAUGACAGAACAAAUGAUGAUCACAGUGCAUUAAUGUAUUCAUCAAUUAUCAAUUCGACAAAUGUCACAAACACCUUAUUAAAAGAGAAAAUUGAUGUCGAUGAAAAGAACGAAAGAGGAGGAACUUCUUUGAUGUUUUGCAGCAAGUUCAACUCGAUUGAAGUUGCAAAAAUACUUGUAGACAAAGGCGCAAACAUCGAAUCAAAGGAUAAAUAUUAUUUGAGUCCUUUAAUGAUCUGUUCAAAAUACAAUUCUUAUGAUGUCGCAAAGUUUUUAAUUCAAAAUGGAAGUGAUGUCAAUGCUGCAAACAAUUUUGGUUUUAAUUGUUUGAUGUUUUGCUGCAAAUUUAAUUCAGUUGAUGUUGCAAAACUACUUUUAGCUAACAAAGUAGACAUAAACACAUCAGAUGUCUACAAAAUGACACCUUUAAUGGUUUCUUGCAAAUUUAAUUCUCCAAAAAUUACUUCACUUUUGGCAGAAAAUGGUGCUGAUCUUGAACAGAAAGAUACAAGAGGUGCAACAGCAUUAAUGCAUUGCGCAUUGACAAAUAACAAUGAAUGCGCAAAAAUCUUAAUUGAAAAAGGUGCAAAUCUCGAAGCAAAAGAUAAAUAUGGAAAUACUCCUUUGAUGAUUUGUGCAAAAUUUAAUUCUCAAAAAGUUGCAAAACUACUUGUGAUAAAUGGUGCUUAUGUCAAUAUCAAAAACAACAAUGGCGUUAACCCUCUCAUGUGCGCUGCUUAUUCUGAUUCAGGAGAAAUUGCAUCAAUGCUAAUCCAAAGCGGUUGUAAAGUAAAUGACAAAAAUGAAAAAGGUGCAACUUCUAUGAUGUAUUGCGCAAAAUUUAAUUCUAAAAAUGUUGCAAAAGUCCUUAUAGAAAGGAACUGA